UUCAAACUGCCCGGGCUGCCCGUGCCCCAUUGAGAAACUGUGAUGGGAAUUAACGGACACUGAGGCGGUGUCACCGCGGUCCUGAGACCGGGCCCUGUGGGGGUGGGGGACGCCCCCCCCACAGCAUGGACAGCAAGAUAGCGGCGGGUCCGUACCGAGCCACCAAGCUGUGGAAUGAAACGAUUGAGCUAUUUCGAGCUCGGAUGCCCCUGAAGAAGCAUCGUCUUCACUUCCGUACUUAUGAUUCCUGCUUUGCUGCCUCAGAAGGUGUUGAUUGGUUACAUAAAUUCCUGAGAAGUAAUCCCAAUUUUGGAUCUGAAGUUACUCGUUACCAGACUGUGCAGUUACUCAAAAAGUUCUUAAAAAACCAUGUAAUUGAAGAUAUAAAAGGAAGAUGGGGAAAAGAAGAUUUUGAAGAUAAUAAUCGAUUAUACAGGUUUCCACCAUCAUCUCCUCUUAAGCCUUAUCCCAAAAAGGCAUCUCAUUUAGUUUGUGAUGUGCAUCCUAAAUUUCCAAAUUGGAGCGACUAUGAUAUUCCAACGUCUGGACCUGUACCAGUAAGGCCUAUAAUUUUGAAUUCGUACUUGUGGCACAAGCGUCAUAGCAUUGCAAUUGGAGAAGUGUCAGAAUGUAGAAUUAUACAUCGGAAAGAGGUUUCACAAGCAACUGUGGAAGAGAUAUGGAAAUCGAUGACCCUCGCAUAUUUACAGAAGAUUCUUGGACUCGAUUCUCUAGAAGGAGUGCUGGAUUCCAAACUACUUAAUCCCAAGCAUAUCAUCUAUAAUGUUCACCACAUUAAUAAACAAGGAGUAGUAAUUCUGGAGAAUAAACUGGAAGAGCUUCCGCACUGGGUUCUGUCAGCCAUGAAGUGUUUGGCAAACUGGCCAAAUGGAAGUGAUUUGAACCGACCCAUGUACCCAGGGUUUGAAAGAGACGUGUUCAAGACUAUAGCAGAUUACUUCCAAAAGACAAAGCAGCCAUUGCUAACAUUUGAAUUCUAUGAGCUCUUUAUAAAUAUUUUAGGUCUUUUGCAACAAACGCAAGAUGGUAUUGAAGCUCUUCAAGUUUGUUGCCUCCUUGUGCCCCCGGAAAACCGAAGAAAGCUGCAACUCCUAAUGAGAAUGAUCGCUCGUAUUGCUCAAAAUGUAGAAAUGCCACCCCUUCAUGAUGCUGUUGCAAACAGAAUGCUGAUGAUUCAAACCUUCUCUCGCUGUAUCCUGUGUUCAGAGGAUGAAGUGGACCUAGAUGAGUUGCUAGCUACUAGACUUGUCAGCUUCAUGAUGGACCAUUACCAAGAUAUUCUGAGAGCUCCUGACCAUCUACAAAGUGCAGUGGAGGAACAUUUGGCCCACCUCAGAAGAGUUCAGAUAAAGUAUGCAGGUGCUGACGCCGAUGCUACAGUAGCUUCCUACACCACCUCUUGUCAGUUUACUACUGAAGAUUGUAAAGAACAGAGAAGUUCUCAAGCUGCAGUUGUAACCCUGCUAGAAGAAAUAAUAAUGAAUAAAACUAUUUCUGUUAAAGAGAAGAAGAAGAAGUUAAAGCAGUUUCAGAAAUCCUAUCCUGAUAUUUACAAAACUCGGUUUCCAACAGCAGAGAGUGAGGCAAUGGUCUUUCCUGAAAAAUCAAGGCUUAAACCACAGUUCAUGUUUUUCACAAUGAAGAAAUCAUUCCAGCCAUUUAAUAGAACCCGGAGUUUCCGGAUGUAAUACAUUCAUAGCUGUGGCAAGCUGCUGCUAAUGUGAGAUUUUCUUUGGUUAUUGACCUCUGUUCUCAGUUAUGUGGUAAUGGCAUUUGAAGAUCCUUGGUGCUACAAGUGCUGAUUAUAUUGCAUAUUAUGCAAAAACUUUCAAUCGCGUUUUCUGAACCCUGUUACUUAUUGAAUAUGAAUAGCUGAAAUUUAAGAGAAACCAUUCACUUUUUAAGUUUAUUGAAUACCAUAUAUUGCAAGUUCAAUUUGAUCUAAUAACCAUUUAAGUGUUAAAGGAAAAUUGUUUGACACAGAAGAAAUAUAAUUUUGAGUAUUAUGCACCUAGUUAUUGAUAUAAGUAAUUAACUGUAAACAAAUAAUGUUGGCAUAUUUAAGGGUGUAUUCUUGGUGUUAAUUUUUGUGGUGACCUAAUCCCAGUUGCAAAAUGACAGACAAUAGAUGUCUCUUUUCAAGAGAGUAUUCUUCAUUCCAUGAUAAGCUAGGAAUAUCAAGAACCUGAGAGGGUGGUUAGUAUUACCCUUUAUUUAGGAAUAGAAAAAAUGAUUUUUCCUCUUCUUGCCACAAGCUGGAAAUCACAAUCCACAUUGCUUCCAGUUUCUGUCCUUCCCUCACCUGCACAUGGUCUGUCUCUAUGGUUUUUAACUUUAAUUAUCUCACUUUGCUAGAUUAUCAGCCAAUAUUCAUUAGAAGCUCAUUGACUAAAUUUCCUCCUCCUUCCUCCUACAUUUUCCUCUUGCUUCCUUUAAUGACCCUAUUCUCGUUGUUUCUCAGUUAACACACUCAGAACGGGUACAAAGUCAAUAUUCCUAUACCAGCGCUUCUGUCAUAUCUUCUGUUUUAUCAACUGACAAUUCUAGCCCCCACUACUUCCAACCCUGUCUUUUCAAUUUCUUACACUUGUGCUCACCGCCUUUCCUUUCCUUCUCGCAUCGUAAGUUCCCUUGUCCUCACCUUUCACCCAUCACAUUUCACAUUCUGUAGAUCCUCUGCCAUUUCUACUAUCUCCUGCAUGAUGUCAACAGCGGACACCUCUUCCCCAGCCCUCCUUUUGUUAUAUUAAGACCACUCUCUCUGAUACUCUGGUUCACACCCAACAACCCCUCGUUUCUCCAUGCAAAUGUAUAAGAUGCAGUACAUUAUAUUUGCCACUUCAAUUCUCAGGGCCCCAAAUGUUGCUGCUAAAAUAGCAAUUUUCUUGUUCUUUACAGUUAUUGUAUUUGCUGGUCAUGAAAGUCUCUCCUAUGUAGAGGAUACUGAAUGCAGAUUAGGUGACACUUUGCCAGACACCUUCAUUCAGUCCAAAAAGCUGAGUUUCCAAUGGUCUUCUCAUUUUAAUUCUCCACCCCAAUCCCACUCUGAUUUUCCUGUAUCUGGCCACCUACAUUGUUCUAAAGAUACUCAUCAUUUCAGGCAAUAGCAUCUUAUCUCUUGCACUCUGCAGCCUUCCAAGCUCAUUUACAAUUUGUUGAAGCCUGUUAAUCUCUGCACUCAUUUAUUUUGGCGAUGAUAGCUGUGGGAAUGAUUCUGUUAUUCCUGUUGCCAUCCAGACCCAUCUUUUAUUUCUUGUUUCGUUAUUAUCUGGUGCUACAGUAUCAUCUCUUGUUGUUUAACCCCUCCUGCCCUAUGUUUUUCAGAAUUUCCCUGAUGUCUAUUCUCUUUCUCGGUCUCUCUUUGCUUAAAACCUUUCCAUUUCAUCAACCAGCAACCUUAACUCUGCUUCUCUCUCCAUAAAUGCUACCUGACCUGAUAUAUUUCUAGCACAUUUGGAUUUCCAGCACUUGCAAUUUGCUUGAUAUUAGUUCAGAUGUGCCUCCUACUGUACACCUAGAAGUUUUAUUUGAAAAGGACAGCUCAGAAUGUGCAAUAAAUAUUAUGCUUUUAGAACUACUUUUAAAGCUGUUUUAAUUCCAAUUCAUCUUUCAAAUAUUUGCUAAACAUGAUGGAUAAACAUUUACAGCAGGUAGCCUAAAAACACUAACUGUUAUUAGGGCAGCUCUUAAUGUUAAUGUGAAAAUUUGUUAAACAUGAGACUCAAUUAAUUCUUGCUGAAGAGACCUUGUCUCAGAUGCAUUACAUUUUAUGAGCUACUCAUAGUAAUAACAAAAAUAUAUUUACUGUGCUUCUGAAAUAUAGUCACUUUGAAUUCAUCCUAUGCCUCACUGGUAAUAAAAUUUGCUAAAAAUCUGUUUACUGUCCUAUAAAACACAAGCAAAAUACUGUGGGUGGUGGAAAUUAAUUACAAAUACAGUGCUCCAACAGCUAAUAGGUCAGGGAACAUCUUUUGAGAGAAACAAAUAAUAUUUCCAGCUGGAUCAGUGAAGUGGACUGUUUGGGCCAAAUGGCCUGUUUCUGUGGUGUAGAUCUAAUCUAUUGAGGCCAAUUCUUUACAGCUAGCUCAAAAGUAGCACCUAAUUUUCCAGCAUUUACUCUCUCCUUUUGAAAUGCUAUCAGCUUCUGAUAGUGUGUCUCAUGUUGAGAAUUUAUUGUUUGGAGAAGCUAUAGUAUGAAAACACCUAUAAAUACUGCACUACUGUUACUGUGCCACUAGGCCAUUGUCUUAUUGUUUUGACUGUUUAUCUUUUUUAGAUGGACACACAGCAAACAAUGGAGAUUAUGACCAUUGGCCUAAUAACGGCAGCAUUGGCUGGGUUUUGCAAUUAGAAAACUUGAUGGGUGUAACAACCUCACUAUUAUUUACAUGAAAAUUAGACAGUCUGUUGAGCAAGCAUAUUCAGUCAAAUGCAGGACUUUGGAGAUUGCAGUUUGUGAUGCAAUAUUUCUGAAAGUUUCCUAAAAUGACAUUUUGCUGUUGAAUAGUGUGCCAUUGCUGUACUACUCUCAUUGAGAACUAAACCUACUAGGAAAAUGUGGUUCUUGUCUUCAAUUGCAUAUAUCCUUUUAACAAUCUCUCUGGUGUUGAAAUUAGUCUUUAAAGGUGUAAAAUUCCUUCAAAUUUUAAUUAUUAGCAGUUAAUUAUUUUAACCUUUGUCUUUUCUGUCUCCAUCCAGUUGUCCUUUCUCCUCCUCACUACUAUAUGUGCCUGAUUUUGUAUUGAAUUCCGUAUUCAAAUCACAAUUUCUGGUUCAGUCUCUUAAAUCGAAUUGAUGGAAGAGAUGCACAGAUUUAGAAAUCUCCAUUCUUUUCACAGCUCCCUGAUGCUCCACAGAAGAUGCUGUGCUUUUUGGCUCUAAUUUACAUUAAGGUCCAGUACGAAAUCCAAUAUAAAGCAUUAGCAAGUGAACAUUUGUGAUAGUGAAUUCUGGUCCAAUUUGUCCCCUCCUUGUAUAUAAUAAAUAUAUUGCCGACCAUAAUGUACUGAAGAGACCAUGAAAGAGCAUAGGACUUGGGAGCAGAAGGCCAUUUGGCCUUUCAAAUCUGCUUCACCAUUCAAUAAGAUCAUGGUUGAUUUUGUUUCAGCUCCACUUUCUUGUCUGAACCUCAUAAUCCUUCGCUCACUAGUUGGGCAACCCACACACACAAAUCAGCAAGGUUUCAAUAUAUUUAAAAUCUGGGCAAACACACCUUUUUAGUUAAUUAGUAUUUGGCAAUUACAGACUUUUAGGUUUUGCACAGAUGAAAACAUUUUACUGUAUGAGUUCUAACAUUUCAAGUUUAAUCUAAUUUGUUAAAUGCAUUUUGCGCUUAUCACCGAAGUGCUAUCAUCUACUGUAGUUGUCUUAAUCACUGAAUAUGUUCCCUUUUUUGCAUUGUUACAGUGUUCAAAAGCUAUUAAUUGUCUCAAGUAGUGUUCAUUAUUUGGAUGUACUUAUUUGGAUGUUCAUUCCUCAUGUUUGUAAAAUAAUUUGCCAGUUUUUUUUUGUGCCAGUAUUUUUUUUUGUUCCAUGUUACAUCUUUUCCUUAUUAUUCCUUAGUCUUGAGGUGGUGUGGUGACCUAUUGCCACACUCUGUUGAUGCUGCUGCUGGACAGCAUGUGAGAGUAUUCUGGUUUCAGCUGGCUUUUUUAUUAAAGUAUUCACUCUGAUGGGAAUGUGUGUGUUUUACUCACGUUGAAAUUGGCAACUUAGUUGCAGUAGUGGAUCUUUUUUAUACUUGGUACACGAAGUAAAUAUCCAGUUGUAAGAAAGUAGUAUAAUUAAUACAAAAUUGUAUUUCUCUGCUGUUGCUGUCGGAUGGAACUACUGAGCUAUUUUGUUUCUAAUAAAUUUUU